AUGGCAUCCUCGACGGUCCCAUGCUGGGCGUUGACCGAGCCACCCUGCGCCUGCCUUCCCCGUGGGCGCCUCCCUCCUCGGAAGGCCACUACCGCCUGCAUUGAGAUGCGACGCACCCAACAAUCUGCCUUCCUGCGCUGCAGCCCGGACUCGCUCGCGCUAGAGCCACCGUGUUUGUUUUAUCAACUGCCCAGCGACCUCGCGACUCCGUCUCUUCUUCAACCCUCAACCCACUCCGCUUCUCACCACCGCGAGCACUUCUACACAAGGCAAUUCACUCCAUCUCUACGUUUCGUUACACUCAAUCAAGCUUCAGCCACUAACAAGUUGCAGUUCGCCUCAACACCAACGCACGUUGCUGCCUGCCACGCGCACAGCACCUCACCUUCUCAUCGCAACAGCUCACCACGCUUCGUGCUUGACCACUGUCUCCACUGCUGUCAUCAGGUAUGCUUCCUCUCCUCCGACUCAUUCAUCUUUGGCACUCCUGGAUUGCGCCCCACUCGAGACCUUGUCUCAGCCCCUGCCCCGUCUGCAUUCACCUCACCCUGCGUCACUGAACACUCCCGGCUAACUCAUCUCUUUUAUCCAGACGACGUCAUGCGAGCGUUUCUUACAGGCACGACGGCGGCGUUCGCCCUCACCCAAGUGGUGCAUGGCGGCUGGCUAUGGGCCCGCAAGCCACACGAUGUGAAGGCCGAGGCCGCGAUUCACCUCGCGGUCUUCGAAUCCUCGCUUGACUGCAGUGGCGCCCCCGAACAGAGCCCAUUCGAGAUGGAGAACAACUUUUGCGCCAGCUUUCGGCCGGGGUUCAGCGUGAGGCCGAUGCUCUGGAAGGGACAUCGUGCCGCCUGGAUCGACGAUGUCAACAAGAUGGACAUGUACUGCAAGCUUGAGACGUUCGGCGAGUAUCGCUGCCCCGAAGAACACCGGAACACCGAGUAUCGCUUCGGCUUCACCGAGGACAUGCCCAAGAAUUUCAACAAGUGUCUCAUGCCAAACCGCGAGAAGCGGGAGGGUCCCCGCAACCGCGACUCUGUCCGAGAGGUUUACGACGACAAUUAUCUUCGUUCGCACCCCAUCAAGUCAGCCAGGUUCGUCUGCGGCCCAAUCGAGAACUCCAAGCACCUCGGCACCAGGACUUUCAAUGUCACGUCCUGGUCCAUCGAACCCACUUUCUAUUCGGCAGUGCCUUAUGAGCAGGAGGCGACCGUCACUGUGACAUAUCAGGCUACCUAUACCACACCGCCCCCACCCCCCGCCGAAACUCGAGCUCGUGUCUCGGAAGCUAAAGUCGCCCCUCGAGGUGCUGCCGUAGCGGCAGAUGGCAAGACCAAGGACGUUUGGAUGCUGCAACCCUGGACUUUUGGUAUGGCGUGUUACCACUGCUACAGCAAGAAUGGGAAAGGCGACAAAACCGAGUGCCGCAUGGGCGAAGGUUUCCCUGCAAAUUGCGGACCGAAGCCUACUGACAUUGCAAUAAUGGAAGGCAGCCCAGAGCACCAUUCCACGACCACGUCCACAUCGACUAGGGUGACCACGACUCACGCUACAGGAGUUGACGAGACAAUUACCUACAAAGAACAAAUUUACACUGUCGUCGAUGACUCGACAGACGUCUCAAAGGCCGACGCUCAUCUUUCCAAGAGGUCAUGGCACACACCCGUCAAGUUCCCGCACCCUUUCUUCCCCGGCAAAGAGGCCUGCGCAGAUGCCGAGUGGGAAAAGCGAGGCCAGGGCUCCAAGCAGUUUGUCAAGCUGCAAAAGGUGCACUUCUGCACCCACAAGGAUCGCAGCGACUCGAUCUGGCUUGGCCCUCCUAGAAGUGUUGUUCACACUUCUACCGCUACAGCGACUUCCGUCCUCACGCUCAGCCACAUCUCGACCUCGACUUCGACCGCCACGAUCAGUACGACCACGGUCGUCCAACAUGACCAGCUAUAA